AUGUUCACUAAGACCGCCGUCGCUCUUGCCCUUGUGGCCGCUACCUUGGCUGCCCCUUCACAGCCUUCCUACGGAUAUGCUCCUCCAGCAACAUAUGACGCUCCUGCUCAAUAUGACUUCAACUACGCCGUAAAGGACGACUACUCCGGCAACGACUUCGGUCAUCAAGAAACCCGUAACGACUAUGAUACUCAGGGUUCCUACUACGUUCUCCUUCCCGACGGCCGUCUGCAAAAGGUCGCCUACACUGUCAACGGCGACUCCGGCUAUGUAGCUGAGGUCAGCUACGAGGGUGAGGCCCAAUACCCUGAGUACCAUCCUGCUCCUGCCUACAAGCCUACCCCUGUCUACGAACCUGCUCCUACCUACAAGGCUGCCCCUGUCUACAAACCUGCUCCUGCCUACAAGCCUGUUCCUACCUACGAACCUGCCCCUACCUAUGCCUAAGUAAAACAAAAUUUAAAAUAUAUAUGAUGAAUAUUUAUUAAACA